UUUACCAUGUGUUUAGGUGUCAUGUGUGAGCCCAUUGUGAAUACAAUUUGUUCACAGCACCUUGCCCAUGCGCUUUAGGCCUAUUUCAGAGGAUAACAUUUUGCACUCGGACGGCGGUCAGACCAGUGCACAGUUGCGGCAAGUCGAAAAUUCAAGAUGUAUCGUUUGGGCAUCAAGGACUUNACUUCAGCGCUUCAGUGACGGUACACUGACGUGUGAGGCCUACACAAGACGGGUCAUCCAACGCGCCCAGGACCUAAAAGUCUUCAACUAUUUUGUAUCUAUGGAUACCGAGCGGAUGUUGAAGGAUGCCCAGGAGGCAGAUGCCAGGUACAGGAACAAGACCAACAGGCCUCUGGAAGGCGUCCCGAUUGCCAUGAAGGACAACAUCGACAUCGAAGGGGAAGUGACCGGAGCUGGCACCCCGGGCCUUGCCGGCCUUAAGCCAAAGCACACGGCCGAGGUGGCUCGUAGGCUAUUCGAUGCCGGAGCGAUCCAUGCCGGUCGGGUGAACAUGCACGAGUUGGCGUUUGGGAUAUCGACUUACAACGCGUACACGGGAGCCAGUCAUAACUUUCACAACUUCGACUACACCUGCGGGGGCAGUAGCGGCGGCAGCGGUGGGGUGGUCUCUGCUGAUAUCGUCCCAGCUGCCUUGGGAACCGACACUGGGGGAUCGAUUCGGAUACCGUCCUCGUACAGUGGGGUCUUCGGCCUGCGUCCAACCAGUGGACGCUGGCCAGCUGACUACGGUGCCAAGAUGACUCAUCUCCGGGAUUCGGUUGGUCCCCUCGCACGCAGCGCCGAGGACAUUGCGAUCCUGGACAGCAUCGUGACGGGAGAAGAACCCCACGGGGAAGCGUCUCCGGAAGAGAUCAGGAUCGGGGUUCCUCGGCCUCUGUUCUGGGAGGCUCUGGAUCCUGAGGUGGAAGUCUAUGCAGAGCAUUUCUUGGCAAAGCUGAAGGAGAAGGGAUUUACUGUGGUUGAGGGGCCAGAAAUUCCCGGCUCUAGGGAGAUGCUGGAGCAUCACUUCAUGCCGACAAUCAACCACGAGGUCUUAGCUCGGCUUGAUGAUUACCUCAGAUACCACGGCCACAAUGUCUCUGUUCAGAGCGUCAUCGACAAGAUUGCCUCGCCAGACGUCAAGGCCCUGUUUGAAUACGCCAGGGACAAUCCUCCCACGGAGGAAGUAAUGAAGUCUGCCAUGGCCGCCAGGGCCAAGGUCCUUGAGGACCUGAGGACCUACUUCAAUGAUCGCCGCCUCGACUGUAUUCUGAUGCCGGCCAACAAGAUCCCCGCGCCGACCCUGCACGCGUUUGAAGAGAACAACUCCAAACUGUUGGGGCUCAUCACGCAAAAUGACGACUUCGCGAAUAUCUGCAACAGCCCGUCCCUGGUAAUUCCCGGCGGGUUCGCCCGGCCGAGUGGGGUUCCCUUCGGCAUGCAGAUCGAGAGCUACACGGGCAGUGACAGGCGGCUGAUCGCUGUGGCGGUGGCUAUAGAAAAAGCAGCGAGAUCCUAAAUGUAGAAAGUGACUCAAGUAUGUUUGGGUUCACUUGGGAUCCUCUGUGCUAGAAAAGUCAAAGUGAUUUUAGAAUGAAGAAAUAAAUAUCCAUAAUGGAUUAGCGUACACCAGUUUACCCGGAAAUCCUAAGAGCACUUUCCUUUAUUGCAUGCACGUGUAUGUCAGCAUUAUUCUGACUGGAAACACGCAGUUCCAUGAAUUCGUAAGGGGUAGACAAUCGAUUUGGAGAUUGUGUUGUUUGUGUUUUUGUUGUACGUUUUGUUUUGUUGUAUUCUAUUCUUGGUCACUCAUUUGGACGCUGUUGAAUUUAGACAAUAGACACCAAUGCAAUGGUUGAGAAUUAUCUUUGCUGUAAUUUGCGGAAAAGGCCAUAUUUUUGUACUAAUUUUGCGGAAAAGCCUUUCUUUUUGUCAAGAGAUGUGUCUUCGCCUUAUUCUUCUCCCAAAACUCCACACGUUUUACGUUUUUCUACCCUGGACUUUAAUCCUUUUUCAAUCUGACAUUUUCAUCAUACCUACACAAAUCAAAGACCUACAAGGGCACAUUUGCUUCUGUCAUGAUGACGUCAUCACAGGUCACUUGUCACACCCUCAAAGUUUUCUUUUCUUUUGGCCUGUAUCGCCUGGACUAUCCGAUUAGGUUGAAACUUGGUACAGAUAUAAACCAAUAUGUUUUAUGUAUGAAAUUUAUGUAUGAAAAUCGGAGUAAUGUCAUACUGACCUUAUCAAGUUAUUUUAAUUUUUUGGUAUCGUUCCAUCUUUUAACAGUUUUUUCAACGUAUCGUCUGAUCAAGACACUGGUAUUUUCAUUUUUCGCUACUAGAGAGCAAGUCGUGAAUUUUGGUCUCAAAUAUUGACGGCAAUGUUCGCGGAGAGAGAGCGAGUGGUGACUUUGGUCGUUGAUAUUGGCGUCAAUAUUUGCAACGGAAGAGUGGGUCGUAAAUAUGGUUGCAAAUAUUGAUACUUGAUAUCGCAAAUAUUAAUGAUUGGGGAUGUCCCUCCAGGGCCACCAUACAAGCUAGCUUAGGCUUUGAACGAUGCGAGUGCUAGUGUGGUGCGAACUAGCCCAGGGUGCUAGUGAGAGUUGUCAAAUCGUAGC